AUGGAUUCCUGUAAAUCUGCCAAAUUGGUGGAUUCCUUUGAUAAUUCAUUUUACUCCGAAAAGAACUUGUACAAAAAGGAUCAAAACCUCUCCAACUCACUCGGUGACAAUUUGGUCUAUGAACUUAAACAACUCGACUCAACUCUUGAUGAUCUUUUUCUUACUACUAAUCAACAACUUAAUACACAUUAUUCAAUACAUAAGUUUCGAUUAAAGGUAUCGAGGCGUAUAAGUUCAUUUUCUUCAAUUUUGAAGAGCUUGUCAAGGCAAUGUGAAUCACUUUCAAACUCUCAACAAAGAGUUAAAUUAUUCACUUUACAUCAAUUCUAUAAUGACAGACUCAUGAAGCAUAAGAAUAGAUUGAGUGAGUGGUGGUCGAGAAAUGAGCGUCGCUAUCAUGAUUUAUAUUUAUCAUCGUUCGUUUCCCAUAUGAAAAAUUCAGAUAAAUUAAAAGUGGAAGCGUACGAGGCUAGUGAUUUUUCUGAUAACGGGGACUCGGAAUCCGAUGAAGGAUUUAUCACUAAAAAACUCAAGGACACUAGGAACAUGAUGAUCUCGCAAAUUAAUCAAAUGGACGCAGCAGAACCCUCACUACUCAAAUCUUCACAAUACAUUACACAACAAGUUUAUAUACUCAAUUGUAUCCACAAUAUUUAA